AUGUCAGGUAUGAACCAGGUGAUUGCAACCUGCUGGACUUUCCUCCUGCUGUCUGCCUUCCUGUGCGAGCCUGUGCUGUCCAAAGGCGGCCGUGGAGGGUCCCGGGGAUCCUCUCGCGGCUCCUCCUCCCGCAGCUCUACAGCGGGCAGUUACCGGGGAGGAGGAGCCUACGGUGGGACUCGCUCUCGUUUUAGGGCGGCGGGGCGGUCGUCUCCGGUGCGAGUGGCGGCUGCAGCAGCUGCAGGUGCAGCCGUGGCUUUAACUGCGGAUAAAUGGUACGCCUCCGCCUACCGCCGCAGCAACACCGACAGCUCAGAGGAAGAGUUGGACUACUACAACAGGACCAAUUACUUUGAUGCACAAAUGUCAAGCUCAACUCAAAAUGCAUCCUCUCUCUCCCAACUGGUUUCUAUCAUUAUUGCAACAUUCUCCCCAAAAUAUGGACUCUUACUGGACAACAUCCUGUAG